ACGGUGCACUUAUUCCAUGGAUAAUCGCAGAGCAAUAAAUCCAGGAGGAAGAACACAAGUGGCGGGAUUCAGCUCUUUUGCAUCGGAUCUCUAAGCAAAAGCUCACAGAACAGAAGAUAUGGAGGUGAAGGUGAAAGAAGUUGUAGUAUAUGUCAGAAAAUAUCUCUUGUUUUCCCUCAAAUCUGCUUACAAAUUUACUUACAGACAUCCAUUUGUUGCAAGCUUUUCCUUUUCCUUGUUCCUCCUGUACAGUUGUUAUCCUUCUCUAUUUGCUUUCCUUGUUUCUUUCUUUCCUGUUCUUUUUUGCACUGCGCUCCUCCUCGGAAUUCUCCUAAGUUAUGGUGAACCAAAUCUACCUGAGAUAGAAGAAGAUGACAAUAUCAAUAUGAAUAUUUCCUCCCUGAAAGUACAAAACUCUUCUGAUGACUUCUUUGCCAAGAAAGAUGAGAGCUUUACAUUAGGGGACUUUGUUGAUAAUAGAGUUGGAACUGAGGAAAGGAUUUCCAAAGAUUCAGCUCAUUAUGUUGACGAAGAAAGAGGAAUUGAUUUCUUGGCCUCGGUCGAGGAACAGAAUAAAAUUAUGGAGAAUUUGGAAUUUUUUAUGAAAGAGCAAUCGAAAUCUAACCGGAGAACAAGUGAAGUUGCUGAUAGUGUUUGUGAAGGAGUUGAAGGUCUUAUGGUGAAGAUCAAAAGGCCUCCAUUGGAUGACUGGCUUGAUUCUUCUCUAGGCUCGCCUUGGCAACCUAUUACUAUACGUGAUGCUAGCUCAGACUCUGAAUCUGAUCAGGCAGAGAGUUCAUCUCCUGAUGCUUCAAUGACUGACAUCCUUCCAAUGCUUGAUGAGCUUUCCCCACUUUUAGAUUCAGAAACUCUUCAUAAUGAUCCAAAAUGUGCAGAUAAUUCUGAUUCGGAGCUCUCCCUGCAUCAAGAAUCCGAUGAUGAAAGUGUGGAGAAGGAAGAUGAAUGCAAAUCUGAAGGCAAGGAUGAAGGCAACACGGUUGUUACAUGGACUGCAGAUGACCAGAAAAAUGUUAUGGAUCUCGGUUCUUCUGAUUUGGAAAGGAAUCGAAGAUUGGAGAGUUUGAUUGCAAGGAGAAGAGCAAGGAAGAAUCAAAUUAUAAUAUAUGAGAAGGAUUUGAUUGACUUGCCCGGUAAUGAAACUAAAAUGGAUGGAUUAUCCCUCUUCCAUCGUCAGAUUCCUCCUAUUUUUGCUCCAAGGGGAAAUCCUUUUGAUCUUCUCCACGACUUGGAUGAAUCUGAAGUAAUGCCACCUAUUCCUGGUUCAGCUCCUUCGGUUCUGCUGCGCCGGCAAAAUCCUUUUGAUUUUCCAUGUGGCAGUGAAGAUAUUAAUAAUGGCCUUGCAGGUGAGACUUCGUGCCAACCGGAGUUUGAAUUGCCUUCCCAAAAGGGUUACCUUUUUAGAAGACAUGAGAGCUUUGUUUCUCGUUCAGUAUUUCCUCCUAGUAAUCUUAUACAUGAGAAGUUUGGUUCUUCUAGAUUGAAUCCCUAUGUUGCUGCAGAGAAGAUGGAUUCAGAAGGUAACGACCAUAUUGAUUUCCAUAAUCAGCAAAGUGAAGAAACUGACACAAAGUCAAGUUUUGUUGAUGCUUCAGACACGGUUUCUUCAGCAGUUGAUGGGGAAGAUCGGAAGGUUCCUACUGAACAAGAAACCCUGCUUCCACCUCAUCAUAGUAACCCUACUGUACAAUAUAGCCGGUUCUGUGGUGAUGAUUUAGUUGACUCUCAAUCUGAGUUGGGUGGCGAUGGUCAUUCUGUUGAUCCAAAUGCUUCUGCAGGUAUUGAUGUUUCAGAUAUUGUUAAAAAAACCACUGAAGAAAUACAAUUUGUCCAGAAUCAUGAAGUAGUUGAUGAGAAGCAUGAUGAUUUGAACUUAUUUUCUUCAUUAGAAAGUACUGAGAAGAGACUUGUUGAAGUAGUAGAAACUCAGGAGCAGAUUAACAGUGUUUCAAAGGGAUCCAUUGAGUUCUUGCAAUCUUCUGAUUUUUCUUCCAGUCACCUAAUUUGUGAAACUGUGGGAGUUGAUAAUAAUCAAGCUUCUGUACCCAUCUAUGAUUCUAGUCCCUCAGGAAGCGGAAAUUUUCUUGCCAGCAUUUCUGUGUCAGAUGAAAUACUGGUUUCUACAGGUGGAGGAAAUCUUCAUUCUGUUUCUACGGUGGAGUCCCUUGUGCAAGAAGAUGCUGCAAAUGCAUUUGAAGAAAGCAUGGCUUUUGAAGUGAUUGAAUCCAUGGUCUUUGAAGGAAGUGCAAAACAAAACUCAACAUCUAACAAUGGAGAAACUGUGGAAUUUUCCACAUAUAUGAAUCUUUUGGAUGAAAAUAUAUCUGUAUCAAAGGAAAUUGAUGAAGAUUUUGCCGAUCAAGCUGCAUUGUUAAGGAGAGUUCCUUUCUCUAGUCCAUCUUCAGUGGAUGCUGCUAAUGAGCCCAGACUUGCAUUUUUUGGUUGUUCUCCUCCAAUAGAAGGAGAGGAGAAGCUUCAAUCAAUGGAUUUUGAUAAGAAAACUUCUUUUGGAACUCACCUUGAGGAAUUCCGGGUAAAUAAUUCAGAAUUAGAGCCCAUUCUUGAGGAGAAUUCAGAAGAUUUCAAAUUUGAAGAAGAGCGUAUGAGCUUGUUUCAGACCAAUACAACAUUGGCUUGUAGUGGAUUGCAGAAACCUGAUAGAUCUGAUGUUGAUCUAUCAAAUGUUGGCCAAGAAGUUGUCUCUUUGCAUUAUCAAUCGAAAGAAGCAGCUCAAGCUGAAGGCAAUGAAGGUAAACCUUCCAAGAAUCCCAGUCAUGUUUCAGCUGAUGAUGAUCUGUUCACUGGAUUGGUCAUGGGGGAAUGUGUUGACAGCAUGGAUUUCUCAAAUCAAUUUAAGAUGAAAUCUGAGGCCGAUUGUACAUAUAAUGAUGAUAAUAGUGAUUCCCAAGACAUCAUUAUGAGUGAAUUACGGAUCAAUCAGAAUGCCACCUCGAGGAUUCUUAAUGAUUUUCGUUCAGAACACGGGGAUUUGAAUGUUGAAUUUAAAGACUUACAAAUCUUUGAUGAGCAUUUACUCACAGAGUUGGAUGCAGUUGGUGACUUUAGGGUUGAAGAACUGAAAUCUCAGGAAUUUCUUAACGAGGAGUCACAGUCAGAUAGCUGGUUUGUUUGCAGUGAAAAAGAUUCUGAAUUAAGAUCUGCCAAUGUUGUUGAAAUGUCUGAAAACAAACCUAUCUCUGCUAAUUUGACCAGCCCAGAUGAGAUGGAUUUAGUCUUGUUAAACCAAGAAGAACUAACAGAUUCGGGAUAUUGGUCCUCAGCAAUGGCACCUGUUGAAGAAUUGACAGUCUACAAUCCUAAGCUUAAUGUUCUUAAAUCCUAUUCUCCUGAAGAACUUGAUUCCAUUUUCCAACAAGAACUCUCUAAAGAAUCAGUAGUGGCUCCUUUUUCUGAGACAAUUACUGAAAAAUUAGUAACAGAGAGUUCUGUUGGGUUGAGAAGUUUUGAUAUGGAGGACCAAGAAAUAGAAGCAGUAAUUCAAGAAGAAGUGCUUUUAACUCUCGCCAGGCAAAAUGCUGGUGACUUGAGUUCAGCUUUGAUAAAGGAUGGAAGAGACUUUGAUAUUUCCAUCUCUCCCCAUCUUGAUUUGCAGCUUAAUGGUGACCAGUCAUCCUUGGAUGGCUGCAAAUCUGACUUAACUUUGGUUGACGCAUGUGGAUUUGAUUCUGCUGAGACACAAUUUUCUGAAAUUAAGGCCGAUCAUGUUGAAUCUGUCAUUUCUUCUACUUCCAGCUUGAUCUUGUAUCCCUCGGUGAUUUCCGAGGCUGAAACUUCACCAGAAUUUGAAAUUAAGGCUGAUAUAUCCAGCAGAGGCUUUGAGAUAGAGAAUACCGAUUCACAGUUACUAGUUCUUGAAGCCAAAUCUGUUGAAGAUAUUUACUCAGCUUUCAAAAAUGUUAAUGAAACUGUUGUCAACGAGUCUACCUCUCCUCUGCUCAAUCCCGAGCCCAUGGCGAACCAUCCAGUUGAUACUAUUGUGGAAUCUAUAUCUCCUGAGGCAGAGAAAACUUCAGGUUUACUGGUUCUUGAAGCAAAAUCCGCUGAAAAUAUAAAUUCAGCUUUCAAGCAGGCUGCUGAAGAGAGUCUCACGAAAUUCUCCUUUAGGAAUCACCCUAAUUUUGAAGUCAUGGAACCGAGUUCAACUGGUUCUGAGAAUUCGUCUGAGCUGUUUGUUCUUGAAGAAAGGUCUGCUAAAGACAUACAAUUAGCUUUCCAGCUAGUUACUGAAGAGGUUUCUUCUAUGCUUACUUCUUCUCUAAUUGAUUCGGAGCUUAGUAAGACUAAUCAAGAUCAUGAGGUAGUGGAAGAAUUACUGCUUCUUGAAGGAAAGUCUUCUGAGGAUACUGAUUCUGCUUUUGAACAAACUAAUGUGGAUCUUGAUAAGCUGACUUCUCAAGCUUAUCCCGCGUCAUUGGUGAAUCUGAUUGACAGUGAGGUUGUAAAUUUGAAGUCUUUGAAGUCUCCUGAGACUCAGAUUGAUCAAGAACUAUUGGUUCUUGAUGCAAAAUUUGUUGAGGAUAUUGAUUCUGGUUUCAAACCAUCUUCUGAAGGAGGUCUUCUGAGAUCCAAAGAUGGAUCUGCUGAAGAAACAAGCUCGACUUUGAAGCACGUUACUGAAGGAUUGUUUGAUAAGUUUUCUUCUUCAGACUAUCCUGAUGCUGCGGGAACUUCUGAGGUUCCCCAUGUGAUUUCUCAUGGAGCAGAGAAUGAUUCCGACAUUUUAUCUCUUGAAACAAAAUCUUCACAAAAUCUGAGCUCAGUUUGUGAACAUGAAAUUGAAGCAGAUCCUGUUCAGCAAAGUCUGCCUGAGUUUGAGAAUUUUCAACCGGAUCAUGAUGCUGUCAUAGAGAGACCUCUCAACGCAGUUGAUAGACUAGAAUUGUUCUCUCUCGAAUCAAAAUCUUUCGAUUCGGAAGGGGAGAGCUUUCUUGCUGCUGAUAAGCAUUUAGAGCUUAAAGUACUUGAAGAAAAAUCUACUGGCAACAUACAAUCACCAUUCUCAGUUGCCUAUGCAGGAGUUCAUGGGAGUUCCCCUUCUCUUCCAGUUGAUAUGGAGCCAAGGGAGAUUCAUCCAAGCCACGAAGUAGAGGAUAAUGUGUGUUCCGAGGCAGAGAAGAAUUCAGAGAUGUUAGUUAUCGAAGCAAAAGCUCUGGAAGAUGUACAGAUUGAACAAAGUAUAAUAGUUCCUGAAGCAAUAUCUGUUGAGCUCACCGAUCCAUCUUCGAAGACAGUGAAUCAAGAAGGUAGCAAAGGAUCUACUUUUUUAACUGAACCUCUCUCACAGAAGACUAAGUCGGAUGAUGUUUCGGAGCAGUUAGUUCAAGAAGAAAAAUCUGAGAAAGAUGUUGAUUCCACUUUUUCAGAAGUGGCUUUUAAUGAAGCAAUUACUGGGGAAAAAGGUUCCAGUGAGGAUCAAAUUAAUAGAAGAACAGAGGGAGAGGAGGCAAGCUCUGAAGAUCCUAGUUCUAGUGCUCCACUAUCAGUGAAGAUUGAGAAGAAGAAAUUUGAAAAGUCUGAUCCAAGUUCAAGCUCAAGCUCUAGCUCUAGCUCAAGUGAAUCUUACUGAUGGGAAAAUCAAAUAUUUGAUUCAAAAUAGUUUGGGUUUGUUAAUUAUAUUUGUAAGUUUUUGUUAAUUAAAUUUGUGUGUUUUCUUGCUUUUUUUUUGCUGGCUUGCAAAUUUUGUGUGUUAGUGUUGGGGGUUUUUUUGGGUGUUUUUUUUUACAUUUUUUGUGUGGCUCGAAUCUCAAUUUCUUAUGUUUUGAAGAUUGAGAUAUGUUUUAUUGUGGGAAUGAUACAAGUGUAUCUUUUUUCUUGUCACUCCUUACUCUUUAAAUCUUUGUGAAAGUU